UUGAUUUUAGUCAUACAGUAUUAUAGCUAGUCCAAAAAAUGGGUCAAAUAUCUUCCAACUUAUGGAGUUGGAUUUGCCCAAAAUCAAGAAAUGAAACACAAAGAAAAGAUCUUCUGUCCAAUAAUCACCAAACUUAUUAUGUUGAUCAGAAUAAUCAGCUAGAAAGCCACUACUACAUCAACAUAUCCGAUCAUUUUCAGCCGGUUUCCGAAUCAAGAGCUGGUAUUCCAUGGAAUAAUGAUGAUGACGACUACAACUUAGAUUCAUCACCAGCACCCCACGUUGUGUUCGAUUUGAUCAGUGAAAGUAACGAAGAAUCUGUCGUAGAUUAUGUUUAUGAUCAAGUUAUAGCGGAAAUUGUACAGAAAGUGUUGAGUAAAAUAGGUGUUGGUAAAAUAGGGCCGUACACUAGUGAUCAAUGGGUGUUACUUGUUGGUGAAGGCGACUUCUCUUUCUCGGCGAGUUUGGCUGUUGCUUUUGGUACAUCGGCUUCUAAUAUUAUUGCAACUUCUCUCAACCAUGAAGACUUUUUAACCAAAAACUACCGCAAGUUCCCCAACAAUAAGGCGGAGUUGGAGACUAGAGGUAGUGUGGUCCUUCAUGGUGUCGAUGCCACGAAAAUGGUGAAUCAUCCCUUCGUCGGUAGCAUGAUGUUCGAUCGUGUGAUUUUCAAUUUUCCUCAUGCUGGGAAAUUUGGUAAAGGUGAUUAUGAAUUACGCAUGCAUCAAAAGCUGAUAAGUGGUUUCUUACAAAACGCGAAGAAGAUGAUCGGAGAAGAUGGUGAAAUACACAUCACUUCGAAAUCUAGUAGAUUUUAUCGUCGAUGGGAUAUACCAAAACUAGGAAGUGAUCAAGGGUUAUAUCUAAUUCAAGCAGUCAAGUUUAAACGUCUCGAGUAUCCUGGAUAUAAGACCAAGUAUGGGUUUAGAGGAGAUGGGAACUUCCAUUGCAAUCCUAGUAAAACCUACAAAUUUGGAUUGUCCUCUAAAUAAAAGGUGGAUCCAAGUUGAAAUUGCUUGUUGAUGUUGUUAUUAUUGUUUUUGCUUGCCUAACUUAUUGCAAAUCUAACAUUGAUCUUAAAUUAAGCUUGUGUUGAAUGUAUAUUAUGGUCUAUUUGGAUUAAAAACUUUUACAGUGGCUACAGAUUUAGUGUACAUGUAGCCAUUGUAAAAGUACGUUAUCUGUUUA